UGACAAGGAACAAUUUCAACAAUCAAGAGCCAACAGUUGAAGAAAGCAUCCAAUUUUAACGGUUGGACAAUAAAAUAAACUAAUAGAUGCAAGGUACACAAAAAGCACAUGGUUUCUAUACCAUGUUAGUAGUUAAAGAAUAUAUUCUUCUGGAAACAAUUGUUAAUGGUUAUAUAUACAUGGAAGGAUCCAACUCUUCUCAUCAAAUCACAAGCAUUUGCAAACACAAAACUAUAUUUGUCAAUACAAACUACCUUCCAUUUUUUACAUCAAGUAGAAAAGAAAGAUGAGUGUAGAAAUUUUGGAUGGUGCCACAAUUGUCCACUUCCUUGAAGAUGAAGAAGCAUUUAAUAGCUCGGUAGGAAAUCGGUUCGCUCGCCUCGACACAAACAACGACGGUCUUCUCUCCUAUGAAGAGAUGUUGAAGGAGCUCCGGAGCUUGAGGGUUUUUGAAACACACUUUGGUAUUGAUGUGGUUUCAGACCCAAAUGAGCUUGCUCGUGUUUAUGAAUCUUUGUUCACACAGUUCGAUCACAACUUGAAUGGCACAAUUGAUUUGGAAGAAUUCAAGAAAGAAACUAAGCAGAUGAUGCUUGCAAUGGCAGAUGGGAUGGGUUUCAUGCCAAUUCAAAUGGUCUUGGAAAAAGACAGCAUCCUCAAAAAAGCUGUUGAAAGAGAGUACAAUAACGUGGCAGCUUAAGUGCUAUUCCAAUUUUGUUUGUAUUGUUAUAUUGAUACCUUUGAAGUUUGAAACUCCUUAAAACUGUUUUAUUAUGGAUUCCGAAUGUAUUCAUGAAAUAAACUAAAAUAUCAUAAUCUGAGCUUUUACAUCUUUGG